UCCCUCCCACUCCCCAGUUCGUCAUCCCGCGAAUUCAUGGGAGAGGUAAAUUUUAGGGUUCGUUGCGGAGAGAACCAGUGGGGCCUCUACGAGGUCUGGAAGAGACAGAGAGAGUAGAACCCUCGAUCACAUUCGCCGUUGGGAGAUCGGAGCGAUCGUGCGUCCUCCGCCAUGUUCGAAGCUCAUGUAUCACAUUUGCUCAAGAAAUACCUGGGUGACUAUGUUCAAGGGCUCUCCGCAGAAGCUUUGAGAAUUAGUGUUUGGAAAGGUGAUGUUGUCCUGAGAGACCUACAAUUGAAGGCCGAGGCUUUAAAUUCUCUCAAACUUCCAGUUAUCGUGAAAGGGGGAUUCAUUGGUACAAUAACCUUGAAGGUCCCUUGGAAAAGUCUAGGAAAGGAACCUGUCAUCGUUAUAAUUGAUCGUGUCUUCAUUCUUGCACAUCCAGCACCUGAUGGACGGACACUCACAGCAGAAGAUAGACAAAAGUUGUUUCAGGCAAAACUUCACCAGAUUGAGGAAGCGGAGUCUACGAUUCUUGAAGCCAAAGAUCGGAAGUACAAGUUGGAAAACGCAUCGGAUGGGAAUUCAUGGUUGGGUUCUCUCAUUGCCACAAUUAUUGGCAAUCUCAAAAUCUCAAUUACCAAUGUACAUAUAAGAUAUGAGGAUAGCAUGACAAAUUCAGGGCAUCCAUUCUGUGUUGGGAUUACUUUAGCAAAAUUAGCUGCCGUGACAAUGGAUGAAAAUGGAAACGAGACAUUUGAUACGAGUGGUGCAUUGGAUAAGCUACGCAAGUCAGUGCAACUUCAGAGACUAGCAAUGUAUCAUGAUCCUGAUUGUGAGCCUUGGAAAGUGGAUAAGAACUGGAUGGAUCUUAGUCCAAAGGAGUGGAUUGAGAUUUUUGAAGAUGGAAUCAAUGAUCCUGGUCCUAAUAACUCAUUGGUCUCAAAAUGGGCUAUGCACCGUAAGUUUUUGGUCUCCCCAAUCAAUGGGGUGCUCAAAUAUCAUCGACUUGGGAACCAAGAAAGAAAGGACCCAAAUGUUCCAUUUGAGAAGGCAUCCCUUGUCUUGAGUGAUGUCUCCAUCACAAUUUUGGAGGCUCAGUAUUAUGAUGGUAUAAAGCUUUUAGAAGUUAUUUCUAGAUAUAAGACACAUGUGGACAUUUCUCAUUUACGUCCAAAAGCUUCUCCUUCAAAAAAUGCUCGUGCAUGGUGGCAUUAUGCUGUUCAGGCGGUAUUGCAGCAGAAGAAAAUGUGUUAUAGGUUAUCAUGGGAGCGGGUGCAGUCUCUUUGUCAACUAAGGAGAAGGUAUGUUCAGCUGUAUGCAAAUUUUCUUCAACAAAUAUCAUUAGCAGACAAUGCAGAAAUACGAGACAUAGAGAGAGACCUCGACUCCAAGAUUAUCCUGUUAUGGAGGUUACUGGCUCAUGCAAAGGUUGAGACAGUGAAGACAAUAGAAAUAGCUCGGCAAAAAUCUCGUGGCAAGAAAAGCUGGUGGUCAUUUGGAUGGGGUGCAUCAUCCAAGGAGUCAGUUGCGUUGAGCUACUCCCCAGGGGCAGAUCUGUUAGAGGAACAAAGGCUAACAAAAGAAGAAUGGCAAGCAAUCAACAAAUUAUUGAGUUAUCAGACUGAAGAAGGAUUGGCUUGGCCUUCUGGAAAAGAUAUGGAAAAAAUGAUGCAAUAUCUGGUGAAUGUUUCCAUUGGGACUGCUGCUGCUCGGAUAAUAAACAUUGAGCAAACAGAGAUCCUAUGUGGCAAAUUUGAGCAACUUCAAGUGUCUGCUAGGCUUUACCCAAAAAGCAUCCAAUGUGACAUGACCUUAAAGCUUUGGGGUUUGUCUUCUCCUGAAGGAUCACUUGUGCAGAGUGUCAGCAAUGAGAAAAAAGUGAAUGCUUUGGCCGCAACUUUUGUCUACUCACCUUCAGAAAAAGAUGUGGAUUGGCGGCUUUCGGCAAAUAUUGCUCCAUGUCAUGUCACGGUUCUGAUGGGGAGUUAUGAUCGUCUUCUGGAACUUAUAAGGAGAAGUAAUGCUAUUAGUCCUGUUGUUGCUUCAGAAACUGCAACUGCUUUGCAGACGAAGCUGGAACGUGUAACAAAAAGAGCACAGGAGCAGUUUCAACUGGUUUUAGAAGAGCAGAGCAGGUUUUCUCUUGAUAUUGACUUUGAUGCGCCAAAAGUGAGGGUUCCAUUGGUGUCCGAUGGUUCCUUUGACAAUUGUGGACAUCUGCUUCUGGAUUUUGGGCACUUCACUGUGCAAACUAAAGAAGGUGCAGAUGAUGACCAAAAACAGAGCUUUUAUUCUCGAUUUUACAUAUCAGGAAGGGAUAUUACUGCCUUUUUUCUUGGUAGCCCUUCGAGUGAUGCAGUUGAUGUUUAUGCUCCGUUGAAUUUUGAUUGUCCAUCACCUAGUUUUCCUCUUACUGAUGGAGUGAAUGGAGUCAGCUCUCUUAUUGAUAGGUUUGGUGCUCUUUUGAUUAUUGAUCAGACUAAAGUUCCUCAUCCAAGUUAUCCGCCAACAAGAGUAUCUGUUCAAGUUCCUAAUCUGGCUAUUCACUUCUCCCCAUCAAGAUAUAGCAAAAUCUUGGAUUUACUGAAUAUAAUUUAUGAAACAACUAAGACCAGUGAUUCAGUGGCUAAUGGACAUACUCAGACCAGCAUUGCAGCCUGGUAUCCUUCUGAUCUUGCAACAGAUGCUAGAAUUCUUGUUUGGACGGGUAUAGGACAUUCAACUGCUGAGUGGAGGCCGUGCUUUCUUAUACUUUCAAACUUGCACCUCUAUGCUCUUGAUUCAGAAGCUUCACAGACUUACAGGCGGUGUAUCAGUAUGGUUGGCCGACAAGUAUUUGAGGUUUCUCCAACAAAUGUUGAUGGGUCAUUGUUCUCCAUUGCUGUGAGCUACAGAGGUCUUACUGUUCAAAAGGCUUUAGAGUCUUCUACUACCAUGAUUGUAGAGUUCGGAGAUGAUGAACUGAAGACAACAUGGAUGAGAGCGCUUGUUCAAGCAACUUAUAAAGCUUCUGUAGCUCCCCCUGCAAUGGACAUGCUUACGGAGCCGCCUAAAGGUACUGAGGAGCCUGAUAUACCUCGAGCUGAUACUUACGGAAAUGCAGAUUUAGUUGUUAAUGUUAAUCUGGUCACAAUGAAAUUGAUGAUCUAUGGUGAGGUGGAAGAGAAGGAGAUCGAGAAGUAUGAGGAGACACUUAUUAUAGAGCUUCUUGCAAGUGGAGGAAAGGUAAAUGUUGUCAACUGGGGUGGCGAUUUGACUGUAAAUACUAAACUUCACUGUCUUCAAAUUAAGGAUGAAUUUCAAGGUCGCCUCUCAGGGGCAACAAAGUAUUUAGCUCGUUCAGUUCUGCAGAAGUCUGAUGAUGAUGUGGUUCGUUCAUGUGAUAUAACUGAUCCAAGCUGUCCUGAAGUAGUGGACGAGGAUGAUGUUUUCAGAGAUGCGUUGCCAGAUUUUGUAGCUAAUCCUGAGCAGAGCUUUUACUUGCAAAGGAACCAUGAAAUUUCUUGUCUUGUGCCAUUUUCUUCUGAAGUUGUGGAUAUUGCUGGCAACCAGGAUGAAGACAAGGUCAAACUGAAAAAUUUACACGGAGAAAUGUUUUAUGAGGCACAGGAUGACACACUCUCAGAUUUUGUCGUGGUUACCUUUUUGACAAGGCAUCCUGGUUCACUAAUAUAUGAAGGAAUUGAUGUUCAGAUGUGCAUACGUAUGUCAAAGUUGGAGUUCUAUUGCAAUAGAGCCACUCUUGUAGCAUUGACUAAAUUUGGUCUGGACCUGAGCAUGUUAAAUUCUGGAGGCAGCCAAACUGCUUCACAUGCUUCUGCUAGUGGUUCCACACAAACGGAGGAAAGGAAUGAAGCAAAUGAACAUUCAUAUGUCAGAGGUUUGCUUGGUUAUGGAAAGGACCGGGUUGUUUUUUAUCUGAAAAUGGAUGUCAAUAGCGUCUGCAUAUACCUCAACAAGGAGGAUGGGUCGCAGCUUGCAAUGCUAGUUCAAGAGAAUUUUCUGUUGGAUCUAAAGAUGCAUCCAAGUUCUAUUUCUAUCGAGGGAACCUUGGGAAAUUUACGACUCUGUGAUAUGUCUCUGGGUAUGGAUCACUGCUGGGGGUGGCUUUGUGACCUACGUAACUCUGGAGUUGAGUCACUGAUAAAGUUUAAGUUCCAGUCCUACAACAUUGGGGAGGAUGACUACGAUGGAUAUGAUUAUAGCUUGAGUGUUCGACUUUCUGCAGUUCGUAUCGUUUUUCUUUACAGAUUUGUUCAGGAGAUUAUGGCGUAUUUCUGGGAACUAGCGACACCACAGACAGAAGAAGCAAUUAAACUUGUGGAUAAGGUUCGUGGAAUUGAAUGGUUGAUUCAAAAAUAUGAGAUAGAUGGAGCUACUGCUUUGAAACUGGACUUAUUAUUGGACACUCCAAUAAUUAUAGUGCCUCGAAAUUCAAGGAGCAAAGAUUUUAUGCAGCUUGACCUUGGCCGUCUAAUAGUGCGGAAUAAUUUUAGUUGGCAUGGCUGCAAAGAUGGAGAUCCUUCUGCUGUGCAUCUUGAUGUGCUUCAUGCCGAGGUGCAAGGCAUCAAUAUGGCUGUUGGAAUUGAAGGGACCUUAGGGAGACCCAUGGUAAAGGAGGGCCAAGGGCUUCACAUCCAUGUGCGUCGUAGUUUAAGAGAUGUCUUUAGAAAGGUUCCUACAUUGUCUAUAGAUUUCAAGGUUGGUUUGUUGCACUCUAUAAUGUCAGACAAGGAGUACAAUGUUAUUGUAAACUGUUUUUACAUGAACAUAUCAGAAGAACCCAAACUUCCUCCAAGUUUCCGUGGCAGAGCAUCUGUUCCUAAAGAAACUAUACGCAUGCUGGCAGACAAGGUCAAUGUUAAUAGCCAAGUCCUUUUAUCUCGAACCGUGACUCUGGUGACUGUCGAAGUUAGUUAUGCUUUGAUGGAGUUAUAUAAUGGUUUUGAUAAGAGUUCACCUCUAGCACAUAUCAGUCUUGAAGGACUAUGGGUAUCCUAUCGCACUACAUCACUUUGGGAAACUGAUAUCUAUGUUACCAUCCCAAAAUUUUCUAUAGUGGAUAUCCGUCCUGAUGCAAAGCAAGAAAUGUGUCUUAUGUUGGGAUCAUCGUCUGAUAUCUUCAGACAGCGUCCAUAUAGGGAUUCUGAUUUGUCAUGUGCUCAUUCUUUUUCGUUGAGUUGUGACGAUCCUUCCAAGAGUGCAUGUGCAUAUGUGGCUAAUGAGGACCCUCCAAAUCUAACCAUGCUAUUAAUGGAUUAUAAGCUCCGGUCAAGCUCCCAAUCAUUUGUCUUCCGUAUCCAGCAGCCACGUGUGCUUGUUGUGCUUGACUUCCUUCUUGCAGUUGGGGAAUUCUUUGUUCCUGCUUUGGGUGCUAUAACUGGGAGGGAUGAAAUCAUGCAUUCACACAAUGAUCCUAUAACUCAAAGUGGUCACAUUUUACUGUCAACCCCCCUCUAUCAACAAACAGAGGAUAUUGUCUACUUAUCUCCACAUCGAAAGCUGAUUGCAGAUGGUUCUGAUGUUGAUGAAUUUGUCUAUGAUGGGUGCGGAGGAACAAUCUGUUUAACUGAUGAAUUUGACUUAAACGGCGAUUCAAUGGUCACUGCACAUCCUAUUGUCAUAAUUGGCCGUGGGAAGAAGUUGCGCUUUAAGAAAGUAAAAUUUGAGAACGGGGCCUUACUUCUUAAAGGCACAUACUUAAACAAUGAUAGUAGUUAUACUGUUUAUGAAGAGGAUGGAGUUCAUGUUACGUAUCUUGAUGGACCUGAUGAGAGCUCAUUGCAACAUUUACACAUUGAUGAUAUUGUGAAGGCCACAACUUCUGCUGUUGACGCUCCAAAUAAUUCAAGUCUUGUUAAUUGUUUUACUUUUGAGGCACAGGUUGUAUCACCAGAGUUCACUUUCUAUGAUACCACAAAUAUCUCCAUGAAUGACUCCUUGCAAUGUGAAAAGUUUCUUCGUGCAAAAAUGGAUAUCAAUUUUAUGUUUGCUUCCAAAGAAAAAGAUACUUGGGUAAGGGCUCUUGUGAAGGAUCUCAGCAUUGAAGCAGGUUCAGGUCUUGUUGUCCUUGAUCCAAUUGAUAUAUCAGGAGGGUACACUUCAGUCAAUGAGAAGACAAAUAUAUCUGUGCAAUGCACUGAUAUAUGUAUUCAUUUGCCUUUAAGUGUUAUUUCCUUGGUUCUUCACCUGGAAAAUGAAGCUUUUGCUGCACUUCAGAUUGGGAAUGAAAAUUUUUUAUCGCCAUGCACGAAUUUCAAACAAAUUUGGGCAUCUGAAAAAGGAAAUAGUUCCGGAUCAAAUCUUUGCAUUUGGAGACCUCAGCCACCUUCAAAUUAUGCAAUUUUAGGUGAUUGUGUCACCUUUGGGCCAGUUCCUCCAUCUCAAGCAGUUAUGGCAGUUAGUAAUACCUAUGGGCGUGUACAGAAGGCUGCUGGCUUCAACUUUGUUGGGUCAUUAUCCAGCAUUUGUGGAGUAGAAGACAGUAAUAGUUACUCUGAUGAUGAACAUGGUUGCUCAUUAUGGAUGCCAAUUCCCCCAACUGGAUACAAGGCAAUGGGAUGCGUAGCUCAUAUUGGAAGCAAACCUCCACCAAAUCAUAUUGUAUAUUGUAUACGGGCUGACCUAGUGACUUCUGCGGCUUUUCUGGAUUGCGUUCUUUAUCUAUCUCCAAACCCAAGAUUUCUUACGGGCUUCAGCAUAUGGCUAAUUGAAAAUGUAGUGGGCUCCUUCUAUGCACAUUCUACAGUUGAAUACCCUUCAAAAUGUUUAAUCUUUGAUUUUCAUGAGAUUCUCAGAAGAAAUAUGAACAAGCCUAUCCCUUACAUGAACGAUUUGCCAGUUGAUCCAUCUAUUGAUGAUGGUAAAAGUCCAAAUGAUAGGACUCCUAGUUCCAAUUCCAGCAGCUCAGAUGUUUUACGAUCAAUAUCAAAGUUUAAUGGUUAUUACAUGUCUACUCCAAAUUUUGAAAGGAUUUGGUGGGAUAGGGGUUCUGAAGUGAGAAGGCCAGUUUCAAUAUGGAGAGCAGUUGCCCGUCCUGGUUUUUCCAUACUUGGUGACUGCAUUGCAGAAGGCUUUGAACCACCAGCACUUGGCUUGGUGUUUAGGAGUGAUAAUUCAGGAAUAUCUGCAAAGCCUCUACAGUUUACAAAGGUCGCUCAUAUAUCAGGAAAAGGGAUUGAAGAGGCUUUCUUUUGGUUCCCAGUUGCUCCUCCUGGUUAUGCUUCAUUAGGCUGUGUAGUGUCAAGAGUGGAUCAGUGUCCCUCAUUGGAAUGCAUCUGCUGUUUGCGGAUUGAUCUCGUUAAUCAGGCAACAAUUUUAGAUAAGCCUGUAUCAUGCUUUGUUAGCUCUAAGGCUUCUCAGAGCUGGAGCAUUUGGAGAGUUGAUAAUCAGGCAAAUACCUUUCUUGCACGGUCUGAUCAGACAAAACCGUCCAACCGUCUGGCUUAUUGCAUAGGCGAUUCUGUAAGGCCUAAAGCAAAUGAGAAUAUAAGUGGUGAACUGAAGCUCAAAUGCUUCUCUCUUACCAUUCUUGAUGACUCCUGUGGGAUGAUGACACCUGUCUUUGAUACGACGAUAACCAACUUAAAUCUUGCAACACAUGGUCGGCCUGAGGCAAUGAGUGCAGUUCUGAUAUGUUCUAUUGCUGCAUCAACAUUCAAUGCACAGCUUGAAGCGUGGGAGCCUCUUAUAGAGCCUUUUGAUGGGAUAUUCAAGUACGAGUCAUACAAAGCCAACCUGCAUUUGUCCAACAACAUUGGGAAGCGGGUCCGUGUUGCGGCAACCAGCACUAUGAAUGUUAAUAUCUCUGCUGCAAAUAUUGAAGCCUUUGUUGGACUUUUUAUCUCUUGGAGAAACCAAACUCUGUUCAGGAAGAAAAUUUUAGAGGAUGGCAUGAAAGAUAGGUCUUUGAUGGAUUCCGAUGAUGCAACAAAUUCUGCACUAGAGGAAACUGAUCCUCAUAAUGUUGUUGUAGAGAACAAGCUGGGAUCUGAUAUUUAUUUGAAAAUUUGGGGUGACAAUUCAGAAAACUGUAAAUUGAUCAGAACUGGUGAAAGCACCUUAGCAUGGUUUCCUCCGCCUAGCUUUUCUGAUAGAUUCAAUGUGGCCAUUGGGGUGCACGAGUUCCACCGUUUUGUUGCUGUUCAUGUGUUUGAGUCUAGGGGCCUGACAGUCAAUGAUGAUGGUAACCAACAUGAUUUUUUCUGUGCUUUACGAUUGGUUCCUUCUAAUCAAACAUCAGAUCAGCAAAAGCUUUUCCCUCAGAGUGCGAGAACACGGUGCAUUAGACCGGUAGUUACAGGCCCAGAUAAAACAUCUGAAUAUGUUGUUCGCUGGAAUGAAUUGUUCAUAUUCGAAGUUCCACAGAAGGGACCUGCUAAUCUGGAAGUUGAGGUUACAAACCUUGGUGCGAAGGCUGGAAAAGGGGAAGUAAUUGGUGUAUUUUCUAUUCCAAUUAGCGAUGGUGCAUCAGCUAUGAACCCCAAAUUUGCACGUAUAUCAUCACGGAGACAUGAUCUUCCUGAUUUUGCUUCAUAUCCUCUGAGGAAAAAGGGCCAUGUUGCUUCUGAUGGAGAUGUGCAAUUGUGUGGUUCUGUGCUUGUUUCAACGUCUUAUUUUGAAAGGAAAGUUCAUGGAGUCACUGCAAAGGAUUUAAAUGUCAAAGUAGCUGAUAGUGAUAUUGGUUUUUGGGUGGCACUUGGUUUGGAAGGGCCAUGGACAGGCCUCCGUAGGUUGCUUCCCCUUGCAACGGCUCCAAAAGAACUUAAUGGUGAUUUCUUUGCAUUUGAUGUUGCUAUGAAGAAGGGCAAGAAGCAUGUCACAUUCCGAAGUCUUGCAACUGUUGUUAAUGAUACAGAUCUGAAUUUGGAGAUUUGCGUCUGCCCCUUGGCACUCAUUGAUGAUGUAUCUUCUAUUUCAACACUAGAUACAAAUAAAAGUAAUGCAGUUACAGAAGAAAUAUUCGAAAAUCAGCGCUAUCAACCUGUUUCUGGAUGGACUAGUAAAUGUCCUGGCAUUUCAAAGAAUGAUCCAGGGCCUUGGAGUACAAGGGACUAUUCUCAUUCAUCUAAGGACUUCUUUGAGCCUGCUCUUCCGAAUGGAUGGAAGUGGACGUCUGACUGGACUAUAGACAAGUCAUUGUUUGUGGACAAUGAAGGUUGGGCUUAUGCGUCUGAUUUUCAAAGCCUCAAAUGGCCUCCACUUUCCUCAAGAAUGUGCAGAAAGUCUGUUUUGGAUUUUGUUCGUCGAAGACGUUGGAUCCGUAUAAGAGAACUAUUUUCUGAAACUACAUCUAAAAUUUCAAGAGUUAUCCUUCCAAUUAUAAAGCCAGGUUCAUCAUUAGUUUUACCUUGGAAGAGUAUGAUAAAUAGUGAGCCUCUGUGCUUGCAAGUUCGCCCAUUUGUUGAAGGCUGUCAGGACACAUAUUUUUGGACUAGGACGAUAACCAAUGAUCCUCCUAGCUUUAUACAUGGAAACAAUGAGCGUGAUGCUGAAGGACUAGCAUUUUUUUCCAGAUCAUCUACAAAUCAAUCUGGACCUGUUUGUGCUUUUAUGCUGAACCAGCUUGAGAAGAAAGAUAUGCUUUUAUUUACUACACGUUGUAAUAACAAGGAAGGGGCUUUCUGGUUCAGCAUUGGAACAGAUGCAUCCAUUCUUCAAACAGAACUGAAUUCCCCAGUUUAUGAUUGGCGGAUUUCUCUUAGUCCCCCGAUCAAGCUCGAGAACAAACUCCCAUAUCAUGCUGAAUACUCCAUUUGGGAGAAAGAUGAAGGAAAUAGAAUUAAGGUACAUAAUGGUAUUGUUUCACGGGGCUGCAGUGCAUUCAUAUAUUCUGCAGAUGUGCGUAAACCUAUAUAUUUAUCAUGGAUGGCUGAAGGUGGCUGGGUUUCAGAAAAGGAUUCUGUUCUCAUUUUGGAUCCCGCUCUUGGUCAUGUCUCUUCAUUUUGGUUGGUUAAUCAGAAGAAAAAUAGGAAAUUGCGUGUGAGUGUUGAGCAUGACUUGGGUGGCACAGUUAGUGCUUCUAAGACUGUUCGAAUAUUUGUUCCGUACUGGAUCAGCAAUGACUCAGGGUUGCCAUUGUCAUGUCAAAUGGUUGAGGUUGAACCUUCAGAAAAGAUGGACAAUGAUUCCUUGUUACUCUCUAGGGUAGUUAAGUCAGCAAAGUUUUCCCUGAAGCCGCAGUCAAGUUUUACGGAUCUUAGAAGAUCAUCUAGUUCAAAAAGAAAUCUUCAACUACUUGAAGACAUUAAGGAGCUAGGUUCAAGCCCAGUCAUGUUAUCCCCACAGGAUUAUGCAAACCAUGGCAACAUUUUACCGUUUGCAUCUCGAAGUGGUCCAUUUCUUUCACCACGUAUAGGCAUUGCAGUUGCACUUUCCCUUUCCAAUCAUUAUAGUCCUGGAAUUUCUCUUAUGGAGCUUGAGAAUAAGGAGCACGUUAAUGUAAAUGCAUUUUCACCAAGUGGAUCAUAUUACAAGCUUUCAGCUUCCAUAAGCAUGAAGUCUGAUAGAACAAAGGUUGUUCAUUUUCGACCUCACACUGUGCUGAUCAAUAGACUUGGACGCACUAUUGCAUUGAAGCAAUGUGAUACUCAACCAGAGGAUUGGUUUCAUCCUCAUCAUCCUCCAAAACCAUUUCAGUGGAGGUCUACCACCAGAAGUGAAUUACUAAAGAUGAGGUUAGAGGGUUUCAAAUGGAGCACUCCAUUCAGUGUGGAGAGUGAGGGGGUUAUGUGCAUAAAAUUAAAGAGUGAUGUUGAUAGUUGUGUGAUGUAUGUUCGUGUGGAAGUUAGAAAAGGGUCUAAAAUUUCCCGGUACCAAGUUAUCAUCUGUCCUGUGUCAUCUUCAAGUCCUUACAGAAUUGAAAAUCAAUCUACCUUUCUACCAAUACGUUUUCGUCAAGUUAAUGGAACAGAUGAUUCUUGGAGGCCUCUCCCAGUAAAUUCAGCUGUGCCAUUUUUUUGGGAAGAUCUUGGACGGCAACGGUUGAUAGAAGUUAUGAUUGAUGGUGCUGGAUCUAUGGAGACAGUCAAGUGUAACAUUGAUGAACCCUCUGAUCCCCGGCCACUUCACUUCUCUUCGAGUAGUUCAAGAGCUUUAUGUGUUUCUGUUCUGAAGGAAGAAUCACUGAAUGUUGUUAAGUUUACGGAUUGGACGCCCAGUAAUAAUGUGUUACCUGUUAUGCCUAGAAGAUUUGAAUAUCUGCCUCAACUCUCUAUGGUCAAUCAUAAAGAAUCACCUUCAGACUGCACUUUUGAAUUUCAUGUUAUUAUUGAACUGGCGGAACUGGGCUUGUCUGUUAUUGAUCACACACCGGAAGAGAUUAUUUAUUUGUCAGUUCAGAAUUUUCUGUUAACUUAUUCUACUGAUAUGGGAUCUCGAAUCAGCAGAUUUAAGCUACAAGUGGCUGGAAUCCAACUGGAUAAUCAGUUACCAUUGACGCCAAUGCCGGUCCUGUUUAGACAUCAGAAGACCAGUGAUGAGCUUGAACAUGUUUUAAAGUUAUCUGUUACUGUUCAAUCAGAUGGAUCGUCUGAAUUUUGUGUUUAUCCUCACAUAGGUGUCCAGGGUCCUCAAGGUACUUCCUUUCUGGUGAAAAUUCAUGAACCUAUUUUAUGGCGCCUUCAUGAAAUGUUUCAAAAAGUCAACCUCAGCAAUAUUGUGGUGGAUCAGACUACCACUGUUCCUGUUGAUCCAGUUAUUCAAAUUGGUCUUUUGAAUAUUUCAGAGAUUCGGUUUAAAGUAUCAGUUACGAUGUCACCAACUCUGCGUCCAAGGGGUGUUCUUGGAUUCUGGGCUUCCUUGAUGACUGCUUUGGGGAAUAUGGAGAAUAUGCCUAUACGGAUCAAUCAACGAUUCCUUAAGGACAUUUCUGUACGCAAAAGUUCAAUCUCCAGUGCUGCUUUCUCUAGUAUUCAGAAGGAUCUUCUCAGUCGACCUCUUCAUCUCCUUUCUGGUGUUGACAUACUUGGUAAUGCAAGCAGUGCUCUUGGAAACAUGAGUAAAGGUGUUGCAGCAUUGUCAAUGGAUAAGAAAUUCAUCCAAAGCCGUCAGCGGCAGGGAGGUAAAGGUACUGUGGAGGACAUCGGAGAUGUUAUUAGAGAGGGUGGUGGAGCUUUAGCAAAAGGCCUAUUCAGAGGAGUUACAGGUAUAUUGACGAAGCCACUCGAGGGUGCAAAAUCUUCUGGGGUUGAGGGAUUUGUUCAGGGAGUGGGUAAAGGAAUAAUAGGUGCAGCAGCGCAACCUGUGAGUGGGGUGCUUGAUCUUUUAUCUAAAACUACAGAAGGGGCAAAUGCUGUAAGAAUGAAAAUAACAUCUGCUAUAGCUUCAGAAGAGCAGUUACUUCGUAGGCGCCUUCCUCGCGUUAUCAGUGGUGACAAUGUGCUCCGACCAUAUGAUGAGUACAAAGCACAAGGGCAGAUCAUACUACAACUCGCUGAGUCUGGAGCAAUAUUUGGCCAAGCUGAUUUAUUUAAGGUCAGAGGAAAGUUCGCCCUAUCAGAUUCUUAUGAAGAUCACUUUAUACUUCCAAAAGGGAUGAUUGUUGUUAUCACCCAUCGAAGGGUCUUAUUGCUACAAAUUUUGGCCCAGGGGAAGUUUAAUCCAUCAAGAGAUCCCUGUUCAGUGUUAUGGGAUGUGUCAUGGAGUGACCUGCAUACUAUGGAGCUUACUUAUGGAAGGAAGGAUGAUCCGAAAUCACCUCCAUCUCUGCUUGUACUCUAUUUGCACAGGACUGCAGGGUCAAAGGAAAAUAUCCGUGUCAUAGAAUGCUUACAUGAAUCUCAUCAAGCUUUGGAAAUUUAUGCAUCAAUUGAGCAAGCCAUGAACACUUUUGGACCCAACCAUUUCAAGGAGAUGAAGAAAAGGAAGGUGAAAAAGCCUUAUUCACCGUCUGGAGCCACUGGUUCUGGUUCUGGCUUGAAAGAAGUGCUUGGUGUUUGGACUGGUCAAGAACCGAUGCUGGCAGUCCCAAUUAGUUCAACUUUUGGUACUCUUGGUUCGGCAGAAACUCAAUCACAGUCUCAGAUGGAAAAAGAACAUUAAAAGUUCGGCAGAAACUCAAUCACAGUCUCAGAUGGAAAAAGAACAUUAAAAUUUGUCCUCCAGAAACACCGAGCAAAACACAUAGGAACUGGUCAAGUCACAAGUUCCUGUUGGUUCAUCUUUUGAUAUGCCUUUUUUCAUUCAAAGAGAACCAAAACAAGGAUGAUAGGUGAGACAAGCGAUUCUAUUAAUGCAGCGUAAAAUUGGAAGGGGUCGUGCUUGAAACCACAUGACCAUAUGUGAUUGUACAUAACUGUGGAUUCUAACACAGGUAUCUAGGGAUUGAUUCAGCUGAAUUGGCUGGCAUUCACGCUCUUAGAAUCAUGAGUUCAGACAAUUGAACAAGAAAAGUGAAAUGCGGGGGAUGCCGGCAGGGUUCCAUUAUGUGCUAGAGUGUUCUUCUGUGCUGUAUGGGCGGUAACAUUCAUUUGUAUAUUCCUACUUACUGUUGUAAAUAAUCCCUUUGUGCGUAUUAUGGUGUUGAACAGCCUCAUCAGGUUUAAGUAAAGAAAAGUUUACAUA